GUGAUUGUAGUGGCCCUUGUAUUUCCUAAAUGUUAUUGACUUAGCGUUAGACAGUUAAAGAAGGUUACUGAAAGUAGCUGCUGCCUGGAAGUGAAAACAAUUGUAGGAAAAGUGUGUGUGCGCCUUCAUUUCGCGGGCAACAUCAAACAUUACGGUUAACUUCCACCAUACACGGUGCUCACUGCCCCCCCGCGGUAAGUUACUUUAUGAGCUGACUCAUGUGGUUGUGGACACCUGCGUCCAGUACACUGGAGCUCUACUUUUCAUGACUCCCAAACAAGUAAAGUGAAGCAUUUAAUACCAAAUGACAUACUGAGACGUCGACAAGUAUAUAAGAUGUAAUGAAACACACAGCAACUCCCCACCCAUACUUGCCGGCCUCUCUGCAGUAAUGUCUAAGUGGCUGAAUGAUGGCGAAGUGCUGGUGGGUCAAGGCAGUGGUGAGGCAGUACCAGUGAGCCCCAGAUCGCGGGGCCGAUCAGCUGGGAGCCCAAGGCCAGGCUGUGGUACACGUAGUCCACUGACUUCACCCAGAGCCAGAGAGGCAGUGUCAGGAAGCCCGCUGGCAGAGACCAUGGGCAAGGCGAAGGAGUUGUUUGUGCUGUGUGACAAAGAAGGGAAAGGGUUCAUCACAAAGCGGGAUAUGCAGAGGCUACAAGUGGAGUUGCCGCUGUCUCCUGAAGAGCUGGAGACAGUGUUUGAGAGUCUGGACCGGGAAACCAAUGGAUUCCUUACUCCUGCUGAGUUCAGUACAGGACUUGGUGAGUUUGUGGGGCUGGAGGAAAUGACUGAGCUGAGCCAAGACGAAGCGGAGGAGGAUACGGACCAUGUGGACAGGUCCCAGGAACCACCUGUACUUAGAUUUGUAAACAUACUGAUGGAGCUGGGAGCAGACAAACUCUUCAAAGAUCAGCAGGAGCUCUCUUCUCUGUGGUGUGAACUCCAGAGAGACAGACCAGAGCUGCUGAGUGUCCUUGAAGGCAUCCUGAUCCAUGCAGUGUCCCAUUUACAGGACUCCAUCAGAGAAAGAGAUAGUCUGGAACAAGCUCUACGCAGACGAGAGAGUGAACAUGAUCAGGUAGUUCGGUCCAUAUAUGAAGAAAUGGAGAACCAAAUCAGAGAGGAGAGAGAGAAACGCCUGUCUCAGGACAGUAUUGAACAGAAGCAGAGAGGGCAACAACUUGAGGAGGAGCUGAAGAUGCAGGAGCAAGAGUUGGAGAAUACACUGACCCAACAGAAAGAGCUGGAGAUCAGAAUCCGGCAGCUGAGCUGUGAACAGGCAAACAUUAAGGAGCAGAACCAGCAGCUGCGGAGCCUCAACGCCCAAUUACAGGAGCAGGUGGAGAGCAGCAGAGAGCAGCUGCAGGCCGCUCUGGGUCAGCUCAGCCUGCUGCAGCUCAGCACUGCCCAGGAACAAGUGGCCAGACAGAGAAACGUGAUGAAGGUGUCAAGGAACAUGCAGAAAGAGAAGGACAGUCUCUUGAGACAGCUGGAGCUAUUGAGGGAUAUGAACAAAAGGCUGCGAGACGAGAAAGAUGCCCAACAGUCUCAGAAGAGGGUUAGUCCCAGACGCUCUGUCCUUCCAACUCUGCCUUUAACUUAUUACCUCAGUGAAGACCUUUGUACCCCGUGGACUCAGCAGAUUUAUCCGACCUAAACUAAGUCUUGAAUGGCUUAAUGCUUCAUUCCAUCCUCUGGACGAUAAUAUUUAUAUGGGCAGCUGUUAUUGUUUGCUUAUUGAUUAACCGUGUGUUCAUUGACCCCAUUUGGAAUUUUUGCAAUGUCAGCCAUAUUUCCCCUCUUGUUGAUGUGGUCAGUGAAGUGAAGGAUUUUGUUGAAAAGACAUUUAUUCUACCUGUGCCAAUUUAAAGGAAAGAGUGUUUAAUAUGUUCAUUAAUAGGGCUGUAUAAUGCACUCUUUAUGAAGAUGAACUAGCAGGGGUCCUUUAUCCCAUCUACAUUCUUAAAUUUAUGACAUUUGCCGAAGCUGUUAACUGUUUUUUUUUUUAACAACAAUCAUGAUCCAAGUUUCUGAACAAAUAAUUCACAAAGAAUACAACAUAUUUACAAUAACACAAUGAACAAGAAUGACAUUGCUUGUACUUUUGUAUUGCCAUAUACUUAAUAAUCAAGUGUAUUUACUGAUAUAUCAUGAUGUUAAA